AUGCGCAGUAAACUUUUCCUGGUCCAAAUGGUCACAUGACGACAGGAAAAGUCUGGCUCCGGAUGCCUAGAGUCAUCUCUACCCAGAAUUUACAAAUGGAAGUAUUAUCCAGCUGACAUGGCAGGCUGAGCUUGUAAGAACCAUGUCGCUCCAAGCUCCUCGCAUGUCAGCGUUCACAUUUCAGUCCGCUGUGCACAGCGCCCACGUUCUCCAGUGUCUGAAUGACCAAAGGCAGCAGGAUGUCCUGUGUGACGUGACAGUGGUGGUGGAAAACAGGAGUUUUCGGGCCCACGGCUCUGUCUUGGCUUCCUGCAGUGAAUACUUUCACAGCAGGAUUACCAGUCUCACCAGACAGAAUCCUGUGAUCACCUUGCCUGACGAGGUGACCGUGGAGGGGUUUGAACCUUUGCUUCAGUUUGCUUACACAUCAAAUCUCCUCUUCACCAAAGAAAACAUUCAUGCCAUUCACAGCAGCGCUGAGUUUUUAGGAUUUCAAGGCUUGGAGUCAGCAUGCUUUGAUUUCCUCAUCCCAAAGUUUUCCGAAGGCAAAAGAACAUCACAGGAGGUCAAGCGUAGAGCCUGUUGUCGGAGCCGGGAGCCUAGUACCAGUUCUGGCUCCAGUGUAGAGAGCAGCCAACCAAAAUCAUCUCACAGCUCAGUGCCUUCAGCAGGUGAUGAACAAAAAGACUUCCCGUCACAGUGUCCUCAGAGUGCACAGGGACAGACGAACAGCACGGAAGAGCACUUCUGUUUGGAGAACUGUGGGCCCCAAAUGGCCCCCUUAUCCCUGGAGUUAACAGCAAAUGGUGUGUGCCCCGUGUUGUCUUUGCCAUGCCCCGACUCUGGCAAAGCAGAUCAUCCGUCUCAGUUUUGUGAAAGAGAUAUUUUAGAGAUAGGAGAUGUGUGUAAUCAAAGUGAGUUUAGUUUGGCAGACUGUGCCUUAACCUGUGAGCUUUCAACCCCAGGGGAUGUGAAUCCACCAGAACUCAUUGAGCCAGCAGGAACAGAUGUUAAACAGACUGUUGAGACGCUUGGUGCUGAAACCAACUGUAACUCCGGUUCAUGUCCACUCAGCACAUCAGGGGCAGAAAAUUGCAGCGAGUUACUAGAGCAGAGUGAGGCUGGCCUUGAACAGGGAAUGGCAGGUGAUCUCUCAGACCCUACACUAACUUCUUUAAGCCAUGAAGAGGGAUUUGGGGAGAGGAGCAGUGUGGAGAGGGAGGUGGCGGAACAUCUGGCAAAGGGAUUUUGGCCUGACCUAUGCCCAUCUCAGGCUCAGCAACUCCCCCUGGAUCCCAUGGACCAAAACAAUUUGGCAAAAGCAUCAGACUUUCAUUGGCUUAAGCAGCUGGACUUGAGCUCCAGUGCAGGAGACUGUCCUUUCCUCAGGGAACUUGGGACAGGUGAUGACCCGGCUCCACGCACUGACAGUCUGUCGCAGUCAGAGAAAAGCCCCUACAUGUCCUCCUCACUCAACUCUGGGGACGACUCAGACCUAGACACAGAUGGAGAUACUGAGGCCAACAACAAAAGAGCAGCAGAGAUUCAGCUCCCAUUCCCGGUGGAGCAGAUCUCAGCACUGAGCCGGAGUGCCUUCCAGCAGCUUCUGAGACACCAUCAACUGACUCAAGAUCAGCUGGAGUUUGUCCACGACGUCCGUCGACGAAGCAAAAACCGUGUGGCUGCGCAGCGCUGCCGAAAGAGGAAACUAGACAGCAUACACCAGCUAGAAUGUGAAAUCAAAAGAUUAAAAAGUGAGAAAGAGCGGCUGCUGCAGGAGCGAACUGAGCUGGAGCAGAACCUGGAGGAGACGCGGCAGAGUCUGUGUGGAUUAUGUAAGAGUGUCAGCAUCGAGUCUGGUUCUGAUCAGGACCACUUGCAGCUCCUUGCCAAGCUGUCCUCACCAGACUUCCCCAUCUCCUCCUCUAGCCUUAUGGGUAAAGAUGAGGAGUCCCAGAUCACUGUUGAAAUGAUCUGGUUCCUCUGAUGGCCUGUCAGGCGGUGAAUAACCAUCCUUGAGCUGCCAAAAGAAAACUGGUAUAAAUAUUAUUGAAGGUUUAAAGUUGUUGGAGUUUAUGGAGCUGUAAUGUGGACUAACACUGGUCUUUGUGCUCCCUCUCAUUCCAGAGUGGAGAUCUUGUGUCAGACAUGGUCAAACAAACCAGUAUUAAAUAGAACAACCCCUUUCAGGAGGGCCUCUUUAAAGUUGAAGAAGCAAUUUUGUCAAGAUGUUUUUGUCUUCUGAUAUGAAUUUCCUACUUCUCUCAGUCUGGACAGUGUUUGCCUUGUUGUUUCAUGUUCUUUAAAAUAGCUACUGUAGCACUUGGGGAAAUGAAAGAAAAAGCAAUCUCAUUGUGUUUUCCUCAGAACACAAUCCUCAAGGUUAAAGUGAUAAUUACACCGGCAGCCCUGAAGCGACUAAUAAACCUCGUACCUAUCUUUGAGAAGUUGGCUCAUGUACAAACACACACACACUGGCACAGAAAGCUGCAACUCUAACUCUACAAGUAGUGUUGCAUCUAAAAGUCAAAAGGAUUAGAUGAUGAUAAUGCCACAGACAUCAGAUAUCAUCUCCCCAUGCUGCCAUGACACACAUCUGUGGAAAAUCCUCAAGUUGAUGCUUGUCAAAACUGGCUUCACCUUCAAAUACCACAGCACCCCAGAGCAUUAUGAGUCGGACCUAUUUCUGAAUUUCCCUCCCUGAAAUUAGGAUUCUUCCCCGGUGUUUGUGUCUUUUAUGCACAGUUCAGAUUUUGGAGCAUUGUAGCUCAAAAAGUAAGAUUAUCCUCUUUUGCAAGCUACACAGGACGAGAGACUUGAUUUGAGGAGGAGGAAGCAGCUGUGCGGCAUGGCAAGGUCAGAGGCCCAUAAUCCGCGGCCUCAUUCAGGCGAGAUUAAAAACCUGCUCUGAGUUCUCAUUAAGAACGCAGGGUUAGAAGAUUAAAAACCAGCAAACAAAAUGAAAGCAGUUUAAGCCCAAUCCUGGAAUUCAUCAGAAUACCAAAACCUUAAACUGUCAUUACAACGUGAGAUUAAUGCAAAGCCCCCUUGAACUCUGUAUCUGUCUUCUGUGUCAGAGCCUAUAUUUCCUUUUAACCAAAAAAAAUCUGGAUUAAGAUCUCUCACUUUUUUCUGUUAUUUCUCUCCAUCUCCUUCUAUUCUGAAUUUUCUUUUUUCAUU